GAUGACGCACGACUACACCGAAAGUUCGCCGGUAGUGCAGACUACGCAUGGAAAAGUGCGGGGAACACUCCUUAAGGGGAUCUAUGAAGAUCCAUUCUACGCCUUUGAUGGCAUUCCAUAUGCUGUUCCUCCCCUUGGGACCCUGCGCUUUAAGGAGCCGCAUGAUCUCAAGCCAUGGCAUGGGAUUCGAGACUGCUCCAAGCCGUCGGACAAGUGCCUCCAGGUCAGCUCCUACACCAAGUUGGUGGAGGGCUCCGAAGACUGUCUCUACUUGAACGUUUCUGCGAAAACUCUUGUCGGCGAACCAAUGCCCGUGAUGGUUUAUAUUCAUGGAGGCGCUUUCAAGGGCGGGGACUCAUCGAGACAUGCCUGGGGUCCGGACUACCUUAUGAAAGAAGACAUAGUCUAUAUUAGCAUCGGGCAUCGUCUGGGACCCUUGGGCUUUCUGAGUUUCGCGGACCCUUCACUGGAAGUUCCCGGCAACGCCGGUCUCAAGGACAUUAUCCUCGCUCUCCAAUGGAUCAAGGCUAAUGCUGCCAACUUCAAUGGUGACCCUGAUAGGAUUACUAUUUUUGGACACAGCUCAGGCAGCAUGAUUGUUCAGCUCCUGCUGGCCAGUCCCCGAUCAGAAGGUCUAUUCCACAAGGCCAUUCUUUUGGCGGGGGUUUCCAUGGAAGUGAAUCGCAUGCCCCAAGUGGAAUUCCGCCUGGCCAAACAUUUGGGAUACGAGGGAGAGAAUAUCGAUAGCCAGGUUUUGGACUUCCUCUUGAAAGCAGAUCCCCAACUGCUUGUCUCUGCUGACUUCUUCACGCCCCUGGAGAAGGCUCAAGGUCACAUUAUGCCCUUCAGACCUAGCGUAGAGUGCUAUGGCACUCCAAAUGCUGUUCUGCUGGCGGAACCCAUUGACCUGCAGCGGACUUCGUGGAGCAAUCGGAUUCCAAUUAUUUUGGGCGCCAACAGUGGCGAGGGUCUAACCACCAUAAAUUUUUUGCAAAUGAACCCUUCUUGGCUAAAGGCCUUUCAGCAAAAUCCAGAGCGCGUUCUGCCUUGGACCCUGAGGUGCCGCUGUGAUCCCGGCCAGCGGCGACAGUUGGGUCAGGCGCUGAUCCACCACUUCUGCCAGGUUCAUGGACAUGAGUUGACCUUGGACCACACAAACGCGUUAGUGGACCUCUACAACCACGCCUUUGUGCACGCCAUCGAUCGUUUAAUCCAAUCCAGACUGACCUAUAGCCAGGCAGCCACGUACCUUUACCGCUUCGAUUUCGAUUCACCGGACUUCAACUUUUACCGGAUUCGCUUUAUGGGAAAGGAGCAGCGAGGAGUCACUCACGUAGACGAGCUGGGCUACAUCUUUGUGCUCCCAGCAACCUUUAAAUUGGACAAAUCCCGGCCAGAAUACACAGCCAUCUGUCGGAUGGUGGACAUGUUUGUGCAAUUCGCCGCCACCUCGGAUCCCAAUGGUCCACUCACAAAACCUCUUGUGGAAUGGAAACCGGUCAUCAGAUUUGGAAAACGAUUGGCUCUCAACAUCAGCGAAGAAUUGAAGUGUGUUCCUCAGCCGGAAAUGCCAAAGCUAAAGUUCUUCGAUCGACUAUACGAAAUGGCCGGAGUGCCUUUAUUUUAAGAAGUCCCAUCUGAUUUCUUGAAAGCGAACUUUAUCUGUUUUAAUAAAAACUUUCAAACCUGGAUCUUUUUUUUCUGAAAAAUUA